UACACACGUACACAUGUCUGCUCCGUCACUAUGGCUGCAAGAGACGCGAAAUGGUGGUGAGACCUUGCUUGAAUACAAUUAGACAAAAAUAUUCAUUAUACCUCUUAUCUGACAUCGACUGGUCUAAUAACAGGGGGAACGGCGUAUGUUAUUUCCAUACGAGAAGCCAUUUUAUGUUGUAUUUUCACUGAAAAGAAGAGGAUUAGCAGGAGAACCCAUCAGUUGCCUUCAUUCAGGCUUGGUAGCUGUUAGAAUUAUGUAUGCAUCACGCCCGAUUACAUGAAAGAACAUCCUCCAAAUAAUGUCGAAAAUGUACCACAAAGAGAAAAGCAUUCCAAUAAAGAGCAGCGCGUCCGCGCUCUACAACAACCUGAGCGUCCUGCGCAUCGCGCCGCGCUGCCUCACCUAUUUCACGGUGGUCCACGCCAACGUGGUAAACAUGGUCAGCGCCUCCUGGGACGGGCUGAACUAUUCCCACCGACAGCUGCAGUCUAAAGAAGGCAACGUGGCCACCAGCUCCUCACUUAUCAUGCAGGCAGCCUGGUGUGUCCUGCCCUCAAGAGAUCUUCUUGUUCUCACUUCUCAGAAAGGAAUCCAGAUGUAUGAAUCAGAUGGAUCCAUUAUGGUCUAUUGGCAUGCCCUGGACACACCAGAGACCCCCACAGCUAAAGCAGUGUUUGCCCGAGGGAUUGCAGCGGUGCGGGAAAAACACAUUUGUGUAGGGGUCUCCUCUGGCUCAGUGCUGGUGUUUGACGUUCCCAGUAAAGGCAGUAACAUCACCCUGUCUGAGGUUUUGGAGGAACACAAAGAGGCCAUUACAGACAUGGCCUCUGAGUGCUCAGGCAGUCUGGAGUGCAUUGCUGAUUUAGUUAGCGCUGAUGACUCUGGCCUCCUCUGUGUGUGGAAAUCAGGAGAGGAUUUUCAACUGCUCAACAAGAUCCCUGGUUUUGACACAAGUUGUUCUUCAGUAAAACUGUGGAAGGGCACAGUCAUUGCCGGCUAUGGGACGGGACAGAUCCGUCUGUAUGAGGCAGUCACGGGUAUACUGCAUGCAGAGGUCAAUGCCCAUGCACGCUGGAUCUACUCACUGGACAUUGCCCCAUUCACUGGCCUGCUGCUCUCUGCAGCAGAAGACUCUUGGGUUAGAGUGUGGCAUCUGAGCUUGACCCCAGAGACUAACAGUGUAGAGAUUGAGCACAUGUACAAUGAGUGUGUGACUGACACACAGAUCUGUGGAGCCAAGUUCUGUGAUGGGGACGGCUACGCAUUUGCAGUGACCGGCUAUGACUUGAGUGAGAUCAUCCGCUACACGCAAGCCUAGUCAGGAAAACAUCAUGCAUUCCCAUUGGUCAUGUGAGGAUCACCUGCAGCAGGAAGGUCAUGUCUUGACAAAAUAUCGGUGAAUAAAUUGGUGUGCAUGAUAGGCAGGGUCAGGGUAGAGUGAAUAUUUUCUUAACUGUAUAGAUACUACCUGAAAUUGCCUAAAAAGCCCCACUUGAACACCAGGUGUCUGUGUUAAGUAUGUCUACAUGACUGACGGUUGUACUACUGACUACAAAAAUACACUUUUGUGCUCUGAUAUUGAGGUAAACUGUAAAACAAGAGAACAUACAGAUCCCCUUCUAAUCUGGAUAGAGAAGUAUCAAUAUAAACAAAUGUUAGAAGUGGUAGUUCUGUUGGUGUUUUGCUCCUCAAAUAAUUUGUUUAGUAAAUGUACUUCCUAAAGUGUUACUGAACAUUUUCUUUUACCUCAAUGAAAAACUUGGGGUCUGCAAUUGAAUCAAAUGACAUGUAAUCAUAUUUGUGGUUCAGAAAACAGAAAUUAUCAAAAUAGUUUUUAUUUAAUAUGUUAUAUUAUAAAUAUUAAAUACUGCAGAGACUAUUUUUUCCAAAGGGAAUUAUAAUGUUCUUUAUAUUUGUCUUAUAGCCUUAGAAAUAAUCACAUUGUAUCUAGAUAGUUAUUUCAGCUUGAUGUUAAAGCAAAUAUUUUAUACUUUGUGUCGUUGUUUUGUUAUUUUCUGUUUCAUUGUAAGUAAUUGUCAGUGACAAUUCAGCAAACUAUUAAAAAAUAAAUGUUUCACUCA